GUAUUCAAAGGUUCAGACUAACCUCAACAACCUCAGCGAGACAAAGAAGCAGCUGGCAGUAUAAUGCGGAAGAAGUGAUUUAUUAAAAAGUCAAAGCACAAUAUGUUUUUGAACAUUUCAGCUUAGAUUCGCGAGGCAUCGAAGAUGUCCCCCCUCAGUUAUGAACGAAGAGUACUCAUUAGAAAGUAAUACCAAGAAAGAUGAUUUAGACUUAGAUUCACUUCCAUCUAUUACAUUUGAAGACAAGAUGGUAAGUUUUUUGUCCAACAUUGUUGUUGGAAACAGUGCUAAAAACCAACGAACACUAGGUUUAAUGUUGAUGGCUGCUGCUGGUGUGUUCUUAACACUUGGAAACAGUUUAGUUCAAUAUGUUUAUCAAAAAUCUCAUGUGCAUUUGUCAUCAUUUCAAGUCCUGUUUGUUCGAAGUGUUAUACAGGCUAUUUUUACACUAGCCUUUAUGACAUAUGGAAAGGUGCACCCCUAUGGUGAACGAAAAAAGAAUGUGAUAGCGCUGGUUGCUAUGGGCAUUGCUGAAGUUAUAGCUAUCGUAUUUGUAUACCUUGCGUUAGAAAAAAUGCCUGUUGGUGAUGCGACAGUGAUACAAUUUACGGCACCUGUGUUUACUGUCUUGUUCAGUUUCAUAUUUUUACGGAAAGGAUGUGGAUGCUUUGAUGCAGUGUGUGGUUUGUUUAGUUUUGUUGGAGUUAUAUUCAUUGCAAAACCAGAUUUAAUCGUUGAUACAUAUCACCAUGUUAUCCAUGUACAUCAGCAUAAUGUCAUGCAAAAACAUGGAAAUACUACCUUGUCCAAAGAAGAGAUAAAGCAGAACCAUGACUAUCUAAUUGGAGGAAUAUAUGCGCUCCUUGCUGCAAUGUGUUUAAGUUUGUUUUUCAUCCUAAACAAACUUAAUGGCAUGAAGUUAGAUGUCACCUUAACAAUUAUGUAUCCAAGUGUUUUUGGAAUAAUUGUAGCACCCAUUGCAAUGCUCAUCAACAAAGAAAAAUUUAUCAUAACACAGAUGGAGGGAGAAUAUUGGGGACUCCUUAUUGUUGUUGGAUUUGUUUCUUUUAUUGGAUUGAUGUUUAUGGCAGAAGCGCUUCAGCUGGAAGAUGCUGGUCCAGCAGUGUUGAUUCGUAACUGUGAUGUUAUUUAUGCUUAUUUGUUGCAAUAUCUGUUGAUGCACCAUCCGCCAACUAUACCCGCUCUUAUUGGUACUGUUAUCGUGUUAGGUUUCUCAAGUUUAAUGGCUUUAAAUCGUGUGUUUAAUUUGCAACGAAAGUGUUGCGGAGACCGAUUUAGGUGUUGCGAGUCGGCAGAAAAUGCUGAUGAAGAUGGUGAUGAAGAAGAAACACAUUUUAUGUUGCAAAAAGGUUACAAAGAUGACAAUGAUGAUGAGGAUGAAGAAUUUAAUACAUGAGAAACGUGUGUACUUUUACACAACAAUAGAAUAAAAGUAAUUUUCCUGUUUCGUUAUUCAGAUAAUUUUUUUGGGGAAAAAUAUACAAAUUUAUAUAUAUACAAUGCACCAAAUUGCAGAUUCAUCUCUUAAAGAUUGUGGCAUUAUACAUUAAAUUUAUUUGAAAACCGCAGACACAUGAAAAUAAAACAAUUAAAUGUAAUUGGUGCAUGUGCUUCCUAACCACUAAAAUUUGUUUUGUAUUGUAUUUUUCAGUUAAUUUUUAUAUCCAUUUUUUUAUUUAUUUUUUUAUCAGUUAACAACAGCAAAAAUAGUUUAAUUGAGAAUUAUAUCAAAAACAGUAAAAAGCUUUUAUCUAUAAUCUAAAAUAUACAAACACGAAAAAAGUCUCAUACAAGGAUGGCACAAUUCUUCUAAUCAAUCAAUAUAUCUUAUUUUGGGAUUUUUUGAUGUUGAAACAAUAAGAUAUAUAGCUGCUUUAUACUUAUUUAUUUUUAAAACCUUUAGAAUUAAAUUUUGAAGGUAUAAAAUUUAGUACCUGCAAAAUAUAAUGGCUUGUUUUAUAUCUAUAGUAAAUAUGUAAAUGUUAUCUAUUUUUUAUUUUUAUAAAUUUGUUUCGUUCUUAUUUAAAUGUUUUAAUCGGAU